UUGGACAUUCAAACUCUCACUCUCUCAGAGCGACAGACAGACACGACUGCGGAGGAGAGAGCAGUAAAGAAAAGGAAGAGCCUAUAAAGUCUUUGGAGUAUGAACAGACACACAUUUGCGGUUUUCCUCUUGGCACUGGGGUUUCUUGUCUGCGAAGGGGGUAACCCAUGUUGCUCAGACCCAUGCCAGAACAGGGGCGUUUGCACAACGCUUGGAACAGAUAAUUAUGAGUGUGACUGCACUCGCACAGGAUAUUAUGGACAAAACUGCACAGAACCUGAGUUCCUCACCUGGGUCAAAAUCUCCCUGAAGCCAUCGCCCAACACCAUCCACUACCUUCUCACCCACUUCAAGGGCUUCUGGAACAUCGUCAACAACAUCUCAUUUCUCAGAGAUGCCAUCAUGAGAUAUGUGCUGACAUCCCGAGCCCACUUGAUUGAUAGUCCUCCAACUUUCAAUGCGGAUUAUGGUUACAAAAGCUGGGAAGCCUAUUCCAACCUUUCCUACUAUACACGCACCCUUCCCCCUGUGCCAGAGGAUUGCCCAACCCCUAUGGGAGUAGUAGGUAAAAAAGAGUUACCUGAUGCUAAGCUACUGGUUGAGAAGCUUCUGAUGAGAAGACAGUUCAUCCCAGACCCACAGGGCACCAGCCUGAUGUUUGCAUUCUUCGCACAGCAUUUCACCCACCAGUUCUUCAAAUCUGAUAUGAAGAAAGGACCUGCUUUUACUGUUGCUCAAGGUCAUGGGGUGGACCUCAACCACAUUUAUGGAGACAACCUGGAGAGGCAACGCAAACUCAGACUCUUCAAGGAUGGCAAGCUUAAAUAUCAGAUCCUGGAUGGAGAGGUUUACCCCCCAACAGUAAAGGAAGUGGGCGCUGACAUGCACUACCCUCCUCAUGUUCCUGACUCUCACCGCUUCGCUGUGGGCCAUGAGGCGUUUGGCCUGGUCCCCGGCCUGAUGAUGUACGCCACCAUAUGGCUACGGGAACACAAUCGGGUGUGUGAUGUGUUGAAGGAGGUCCACCCUGACUGGGACGAUGAAAGGCUCUUCCAGACCACUCGGCUCAUUCUGAUUGGAGAGACCAUCAAGAUUGUGAUCGAGGACUACGUGCAGCACCUGAGCGGCUAUCACUUCAAGCUCAAGUUUGACCCCGAGCUGCUGUUCAACCAGCGCUUCCAGUACCAGAACCGCAUUUCAUCCGAGUUCAACACCCUGUACCACUGGCACCCACUGAUGCCUGAUACUUUCCACAUUGAGGAGAAGGAUUACAGCUAUAAACAGUUUGUCUUCAACACCUCUGUAGUGACUGAGCACGGCAUCAGCAACCUUGUGGAGUCGUUUACCAAUCAGAUUGCUGGACGGGUUGCUGGUGGCCGAAAUGUCCCAGGACCUAUCAUGUACGUGGCCAUUAAGUCCAUUGAAAACAGCAGACAGAUGCGCUACCAGUCUCUGAACGCAUACAGGAAACGAUUCUCCAUGAAGCCCUACAGCUCUUUUGAAGACAUGACAGGAGAGAAAGAGAUGGCCGCAGUGCUCGAGGAGAUGUAUGGACACAUCGAUGCUGUGGAGCUCUACCCGGGUCUGUUGGUGGAGAAACCCAGGCCUAAUGCCAUCUUUGGGGAGACCAUGGUGGAGAUGGGGGCCCCUUUCUCCCUCAAAGGCUUAAUGGGAAACCCCAUCUGCUCCCCGGAGUACUGGAAGCCCAGCACAUUCGGAGGCAGCGUGGGCUUCGACAUCAUCAACACCGCCUCCCUGCAGAGCCUCGUAUGCAGUAACGUCCGGGGCCCCUGUCCCGUGGCAUCCUUUCAUGUGCCCGACGUUAAAGAGACGGGUUCCAUGAUCAUCAAUUCAAGCACAUCCCAUUCACGCAGCAGUGAUAUCAACCCCACAGUCAUUUUGAAAGAAAGGGCUACUGAGCUCUAAGUUUUAUAUUUUAUUAGGUACUUUUUUUAACAUAUGUAUUUAUUUAUUUAUUUAUUUUUGUAUUUAUUGUCUUCUAUUUAUAACAUGAGAAAGCGCAACACAGGUUUUUCAUACAUAAUCUUUGUAUAUUUUUGUCUGGUUAUCAAGAACAAAAGUCUGGUUGUAUUUAUUUAUUGAAAGAUUAAUUGUAUUAUAAGUUAUUGUUACAGUAAUGACCUCAGUCACUGCUAAUGAUACUUGAAGAUUAGUUUACAGUUUUAACUACAUACUGUAGUAGUGUACAUUAAACUUCUAAUGUAAAUGGAUGUCCAUUCAAUUGUAUGGCUGUCUCUAGAUACCGCAGUGAUCUGUUUUGUAGACAACAAUACAGUAGCACAGUAUAGUAGUGAUGUUCAUGGUGAAUUUAAUGACUGAUCUUGACUCUUCUUGAUAUAAUUUAAGUGCAUUCCUAUUUCAGUAUUGUCUUAGUGAUUUUAUUCUUCUUCAGUCUGUGUAUCAGCUUGGGUAAUUUGAAAUGACAGUAGUAACUCUUGAGUCUAAGCUGCACUGUUUAGAAUUGUAUUGUUGUUCUAUAGAAAUUAUAUCAUUCAGUUAUAUGGCCAUGCAGUUUGUUAGAUUUGUUCUCAAUGCCUAUUGACUUGCAAGUUUGACACUAAUAAAUGCUUCCUGGAAAUGGAGCACAUUUCUCAGAAAUCAGCUGACAUUGUUAUUUUCACUUUGUGACUCUUAUUGUGCUCUUACAUAAACUCUCUGAUUGAUGCCCUGGGAGUAAACAAGCUUUUCCUUCCUAAGGAAACAAUGUAAUCCAAGUACUGGAUGAGUGUAAUUUCAGAUGGUAUCAAUGGUCAAAUAAAUGCAAUUUUGAAAAAGA